AUGGAGGAUGGUAGGGAAAGUGUAAGAAUACGAAUGAGCUUCAAUGACUUCAUUUUAAUACUUUCCGUGUGCUACUCUAUAUGUGACAUAUUUGUACAAUGGAAAAAUUUUUCCAAAUGUUAUAAGCCUAUACAACUAUGGCUAGUUGUGUCCUUUAUAUCUAUAGUACUGUACAGGUUAUCUCAUUUUUUAGCUCAAUAUUUGAGUAAUGAUAGUGAAGAUUUUAUUAUUUAUAGAAGAAAUAGCCCUCCAUAUUUUAUAAAUUUUUUAGUUCUUUGUGUGCUGUUCCCCUUUUUUUUUAUUUGGAAUAUUGUAGGUACUAUAUGGAUAUACCAAAUAAUAAAAUACACACCCAACUGUUUGCCAAAAAAUAAUCAUCCUUGGUUUAUUGUGUUAUGGAUAGUACUUUGUUAUAUAUGGAUUUUGUUAUAUAUAUUUUUUAUUAUAUUAUCGUUGUAUUUAGAAUAUCAGUCAAGAAUCUAUGAACAGGCAAUAAUUAAUAAUAUGCAAUCAAAUGAUAUAUUUUCCAGGUGGAGUUCCAAUAUAGAUUUAAUAAGAGAUUAUGGCAUAUUUAUAUACAGAAAAGGAUUAAGAUUAAAGCAAAUUGAAAAUUUACCAUAUUAUUAUAUAAAAAAUAUAGCAGACGAAUUGAAAUGCUCCAUCUGUUUAAAUGAUUUUCAAAUUGAUGAAUGUGUCAGAACAUUAUUGCUAUGUAAUCACACUUUUCAUAAAUCUUGUAUCGAUUUAUGGCUAAUCAGAAGUGCAACCUGUCCGAAUUGCAAAUCGCCUAUUGCAUCACAGGGCAUUUUUAUGAACAUAUAA